UAUCUAUCUAUCUAUCUGUCUAUCUAUCAGCCGAUCUCAAUACCUGAUAUAUACUACAAAACACUUUAUAAAAAUCUUUUUAAAAUUUGUUUGUGUAAAUAUAAUAAAUUAGAAAUAGAAAUCAAGCUAAAAACUAAAUGUAAACUGCAUUCCUCUUCCAACCUUCAUUCUAAUCAGUAUCUGAUACCCGAUAUAUUUUCUCAGAUAUCCGAUCUAUCAUAUAUUCAAAAAAUAAAUAAACUAACAAACAAACAAAUAAAUAAAUACCGAUACUAAUCUCUGAUUUCGAAUCAAAUAAUAACAACAGCUUGUUGGGGAGCAUCAGUAAUUUUGUAUUACCAGAGUUUACAGAAGCUUUGAAAUACAAGAGAAAUGAAUUGAAUGAAAAAGAAAACGCUCAGCUUUGUUUGUUUGAAGGAAAAAUAUUUUUACAUGGUGUUUUUUUGAAGGGAAGAGCGGAAGGGUGCCAAUAAUUUGCACUCGAUUAGUACAGAGACGUGGAGGAGUUCAGGUAGAUGAGCUGUGUGUGUGUGUGUGUGUGUGUGUGUGUUGAAGAUUCUGGUUCUUUUCCCCUUCUGUCGAGCGCGGCGGGGUCUGGAGGGGAAACAGGUUGCGUUGUGGUGCUUUCACCUGCUGGGCUGUUGGACGACACGCCGAACACAUUUCCCCUUCACGUCCUCCUUCUCUGGAACACGCAGCUAUGCUGUAUGCUGAGGAUCGCUAGGAGCGAAGGCCUGCAGAGCGUCACUCCCUCACACACACACACACACACACACACACACACACACAUACAGCUGAUGGCGAGUUGGAGUUGGCUUUAGUGCCAGAAAUGGUGUAAUUGAAACAGGGGAGAUGCCUACUCCUGAGCCGGAGCCUGUAGCAGAGGAGGAGGAGGUGCAGAGCUGUGAGGAAGGAACCAGCGCCAGCAAGAUGGAGAUGGAAAGCACCACCACUAACAUCCUGGCCUCCGUCAAAGAGCAGGAGCUCCAGUUUGAACGGCUGACCAGAGAGCUUGAGGUGGAGAGGCAGAUCGUGGCCAAUCAGCUGGAGCGAUGCAGGUUGGGGGCGGAGUCUCCAGGCGCUGCCAGUGACAGUUCCUCUGAGAAGUCUCUGCUGUGGAGGUCAGCAGACUCCUCUGCAGCAGGACUUUCGAAGCUCCACGCCUCCGACGACUGCCCUUCACCUCCCUUCGGGAUUAGAGGUCAAAGGUCACCGUAUUCACCUGAGCUGGAGCAAAUCUCCUUGCACGAAAGGUCGGCGGCAAACUCGCGCAGCUCAACCCAGAUGAACUCGUAUUCUGACAGCGGCUAUCAGGAAGUGAGUGGUUACUAUAGCAACCUUGUGACCCCCAGGAGGUCGGAGAGACGGUCCCAGUCCACAAGCUCCGCCCCUAGUUUCAGUCCGAGCCUGGCCAUGGGGUCCAGGGCGGAGGGACAGGCGCUAACGCAGAUGUCAGGUGGCCGUGUAAUGAGGCGUGUCAGUUCAGUGCCCUCCCGUGCCUCCUCUCCCGUCUACGCCCCCUCCCCGCCCCCCUCUCGCCCCACCUUGGGAAGCCCCUACGGUUCGCCCAUCAUCUCUGAACCCCGCCCACUACCCAGCGUCUUCCCUGGCACCACGCUCCCUCCAACCUCCGACCCUCUCCAGUCCGCUUAUCCCGGGCAUCACAGGGACGGCAUGAGCUCCCCGACUCUGCUGCGCUCCGGCAUGACGGCACAGCCGCAGCACUACGGGACGCUGGGGAAACAUGACGCACAGGCGUAUGAUAACACGCACUCCUCGUUCGGGGCACGGGCAUACGAUUUCUUCGAGAGGAUCGUUCUCUCCAGGCCGGACAGUCUUACAGGCCUGCAGAGCUCCUAUAGCCAACACAGCCAGCUGGGUCAGGAAAACCAUUCUCCGGAUCACCACGGAGCCUCCGUCUACGACGACAGAACCUUCCAGAACCCGCUGUACCAGAGCCCGACCCACGGCUCUCAGAGCGGCCUGUCCAGGAACACAGGGCUGGGGACUCUGCCGAGGACCACUAGUCAGUGUAGUACCCUGCGUUACCAGAGGGGGGCGUACUCCGUGCCCUCACACACUGACACCUAUCGCUCCAGCCUUUACCGAUCGGCCGAUUCCAACUACAGCAGGCACGCAGCCGGCAUCAACAAUAACAUCAGCGCUACACGAUCGCCGUCGAUCGACAGCAUUCACAAAGAUCCUCGGGAAUUUGCAUGGAGAGAUCCUGAGUUGCCGGAGGUCAUCCGCAUGCUGCAACAUCACUUCCCCUCGGUGCAGGCAAACGCUGCAGCCUACAUUCAGCACCUGUGCUACGGAGACAACCGCAUUAAGACUGAGGUGUGCCGACUUGGAGGAAUCCAGCAUCUGGUUGAUCUUCUGGAUCACAAAGUUCUGGAGGUGCAGCGCAGCGCGUGCGGCGCUCUCAGGAACCUGGUGUUCGGCAAAGCCACCGAUGACAACAAAGUGUGCGUGAGGAACGCCGGAGGAAUCCCAGCUCUGCUCCGCCUGCUGAGGAAGACCUCGGAGUCUGACGUACGGGAGCUGGUGACCGGCGUGUUGUGGAACUUAUCGUCGUGCGAUGCCGUGAAGAUGACCAUCGUGCGCGACGCUCUCGGCCCUCUCACCAACACGGUGAUUAUCCCUCACUCCGGCUGGGGCGCCGCCCCCCAGAGAGAGGACCAGAAGCUCAAGUUGCACUCCUCUGUGGUGCUGAGGAACACCACCGGAUGCCUCAGAAACCUGAGCUCGGCCGGUGAAGAGGCACGCAGGCAGAUGCGCUGCUGUAAGGGUCUGAUCGAUUCCCUGCUCUACAUCAUCAAAACGUGUGUCAACACCUCCGACUUCGACAGCAAGAUCGUGGAGAACUGCGUGUGCACACUGAGGAACCUGUCGUAUCGUCUCGAGCUGGAGAUGCCUCCGUCCCGGCUGAUGGGCACGCAGGAACUGGACACGCUCCUGGGUAACGAUCCGUCCGGCAAGCAAAUGGACUUCAUCUGCUGGGGGUUGAGGAAGAAGAAGAAGAAGAGGUCCUGGCAGGAUCAGCAGUGGGACGGCGUCGGACCUAUCCCUGGAUUCUCCGGGAGUCCGAAGGGGGCGGAGAUGCUUUGGCACCCUUCGGUUGUGAAGCCGUACCUCACCCUGCUGGCCGAGAGCUCGAACCCCGCCACGCUGGAGGGGGCAGCCGGGUCCUUACAAAAUCUCUCAGCAGGAACCUGGAGGUUCGCAGCUUAUAUCCGAGCGGCAGUGCGUAAGGAGAAGGGUUUGCCCAUCCUGGUUGAGCUGCUGAGGAUGGAUAACGACAGGGUGGUGUGCUCGGUGGCUACAGCGCUGCGCAACAUGGCUCUGGAUGCCAGGAACAAAGAGCUGAUCGGGAAGUACGCCAUGCCGGAUCUGGUGACUCGGCUGCCGGGUCACGGACCCUCGCUGCUGUCGGAUGAGACGGUGGCGGCCGUAUGCUGUGCUCUUCACGAGGUCACCAGCAGGAACAUGGAGAACGCCCGAGCACUCGCUCAGGUGGGCGGCAUCGACAAGCUGGUCAGCAUCAGCCGAGGACGAGGGGAGAGAUAUUCCAUGAAGGUGGUGAAAGCUGCAGCGCAGGUCCUGAACACACUGUGGCAGUACAGAGAUCUGCGCAACAUCUACAAACGGGACGGGUGGAACCAGAACCAUUUCAUCACCCCAGUGUCCACUCUGGAGCGAGACCGGUACCGAUCGCAGCCCACGCUUCCUACCAGCAACCUACAGAUGUCACCUGUCAUCCAAUCAGGUGGUAGCGCCACGUCCUCCCCGGCUAUGCUGGGAAUCAGAGAGCACCGGUUGAGUAAGAGGCGGGCUCAGUCUUCUAUGCAACUUCAUAACUAUUACGGAGACGCUAACAGGAACAAAACUUUGUACACAGGGUCAGGAAAGCAUUCUGCCUACUUCAUAAGCUCCUAUCCAUCUCCUUCCCAUGAGGAUCCUCAGAGGUCACAGCAGCUCUACUACACGGACGAGCCGACUCAAAGGUCCUACGACACGUACGGAAUGUAUUUGGGGUCACCUAUGGGUUACGAUGACCCGUACCUGGAUGAGCCGCUUCACUACCCUGUCGUGAGCGAGAGGCAGGCGCUCAAGCGCAACACCAACUAUGUGGACUUUUACUCCACCACACGCAGGCCUUCCUACCGCGCUCAGACCUACCCCGCUUCUCCAGACUCAUGGGUGUAGGCACGGGUGUGUGUGUGUGUGUGUGUGUAUGUGUGUGUGCGUGUUACAUCUAUCUGGUCAUGGUGAGAAGAUUUUGAUGCAGAAUUUAUCCCUAUAAAGUUGUGUGUCAAAGGUAAUGUGGAAGUGACAGGUUCAUUUUCAUCUAAGGGACUGUGCCAGGGUGUGUGUGUGUUUGUGUGUGUGUGUGUGUGUGUGUGUGUGUGUGUUUGACUAAAAAAUUGACUAUAAUAAUACAUAGCGUAUAUGAGCAGUGUGUGUGAGUGUGUGUGUGAGACUGAAAGUAUUAUGUUACACUGCGUGUAUGGUCUGUGUGUGUGUGUGUGUGUGUGUGUGUGUGGCAUCACAGUAACUUAAAUGAAACGUAAAGUACUUUAAUCUGAGAUUGAAAAAGAAACUGAGUCAUAUAUACUGUAUGUGAGCCAAAGAAGGAUAUAAAACAGUCAUAUUUAUCAUAUUUAUCUUUUUUUUAAAUGAUUAUUAUUAUUAGCUCAGUCCACACUUCACACACACACUCUACACCUCCCAAGCUUUCGUUCUUCAUCAUCGUACCUUCAUGGUUUGUUGUUUUGUUUUUUUAAUGGCAUGUUGAAAGAAUGAGCAAGUCAUUAAAACAAUUAAACAGCGUAGUAUAAUUCUAUGUCCGGUGCAAUUAUGAUGAAGAUCUCCAAUCUGUGGAAGAGAAAAACUCUUCAUAAUAACGUACUGUGCAAUGGUAACAAAAUGUCCCCUCGUCCAGUCCGGUUGAUGUAUUUACUGUUCAGAGUAGUGUGUGCCACGGACUCGUGUACGGAUCUGUCGGUGUGCUGUAAAACGGGUGAUUUGUGCACCGCUGCACAACAUCCUGUGUCACGUGACAUAGCUAUGUAGAGCAGAGCCACCAGUUAGAGACUUUAUGGAGACGACAUGUAUUAUAACCACCUGAGAAAUAAAGAGCAGCAUUUGUUUUUCUACA